AUGAGGACCGUGCUGCAGAGGGUCAAGUCGGCCUCAGUCACAGUAGACGGCCAGCUGAUAUCCUCGAUUGGCAGGGGCUUGCUGGUCCUUGCCGCCGUCUCCAAAGACGACACGGAGAAGGAUGUAGAGGCCAUGGCUGGCAAGAUCCUCAAGGCCAAACUAUGGGAUGACGAUUCCAAAGACCCUCCUGGCCGUUUCACGUUACUUGCCUCUAUGGAGAAGGGAAGCAAGCCCUCCUUUCACAAAUCCGCAAGCGGUGAUCAAGCCAGGACACUUUACGAAACCUUCUACAAGAAGGUUGGGAACCUCUACGAUUCCGACAAGGUCAAGGACGGCGUAUUUGCUGCAAUGAUGGACGUUGCUCUGGUCAACGACGGCCCAAUCGCACCUAUGGCAUAG